AUAAAAAUAGCACAUGUCCUUUUAUUUUUAAAUAAAUAAUUAUUAUUCCUCCACAGAUAUAUUAGUUAAACAACACAGGAAAAAAUACACUCUUUAUCAAAGAGAACCAAAAGAUAAGGAAGCAGGGAGGGAGGAUAAAGACAUUUCAACUCACCACCUCCUCUCUCUACUUCUUCUUCUUCUUCAUCAUCUCUCUGUCUUCUGUAAUAGAAACACAACCCAAUGGGUUCAAUGUCAAACCCCAACCCAUGGUCUCCAUACGACUCCUACAACGACUGCUCUCAAGGAGUCUGCAACAUCUACUGCCCGCAAUGGUGCUACCUAAUCUUCCCUCCUCCUCCUCCUUCCUUCCUCGACGACGAAGACGAAGACUCUCCCUCAUCCUUCUCCCCUCUCCUCAUCGCCCUCAUCGUGACCCUCGUCACCGCCUUCAUCCUCGUCAGCUACUACACUCUCGUCUCUAAAUACUGCCGCCGCCCCAGCCGCGAAACCUCCUCCGACGGCCGUAACAUUACUGAAUCCAACUCCAAUGCGGUGGCUGGAGAUGGUCUCAACGACGCUUUGAUUAAAUCGAUAACGGUUUAUAAGUACAAAAAGGGAGAUGGACACGUGGACGGUUCUGAUUGCUCGGUUUGUUUGAGUGAGUUCGAAGAGGACGAGAGCUUGAGGCUGUUGCCGAAGUGUAACCACGCGUUUCACCUACCGUGCAUCGACACGUGGUUGAGGUCUCACUCUAACUGCCCUCUCUGCCGCGCUUUCGUCACCGGAAUCAAUAAUCCGAUAACCCAAUCCAACGCCGUUCAUCCGAUCGCGACGGAGUCUGUUAAUCGCGGCGGAGGAGGAGCCGCGGAGGUUAAUUUAACCGCGGCGGGUUACGAUCACCGAACCGGUGACUCGGUAGUCGUCGUCGAGGAUCUGGAAAUUGGAUUGAGAUCGCAACCACCGGAGGAGCAGCGAGACGCGACGAAGGAUGAAGAAGAUCCUCCGCCGCGGAUUCGGAGAUCGGUGUCGUUGAUCGCUGAUGUACUGCGGGAGAUUGACGACGAAGUAUCUGCCGGAGUCGGGACUUCACAGCAGCGGCAGCGAGAGGAAGAUGGAGAUGGCGAAGGAAAAACGCCGAAGAGUUCAAUGGGGAUGAAGAGAUCGGUAUCGACGGGAAGAUUCAUCUUCUCGAGGCACGAUCGAGCUAGAAAUUACAGUUUACCCAAUUGAAUACUGUGAAACAUUAUUUCUUAAUGAACCUUUUUACUGUAUUUAUUAGUAAAUUAAUGAUGAUUUUUAUACACUUCACUACAAA